CCUUUCUAAUAAGAGCCUUUCCUAUUGGCUGGGCCACCAGGCUUAUUGUCCAAUCAGCGUGAGGAAAUCCAGGGCGUGCUGCUCUGUGUUUCAUGGACAAGGAACUAGAAAAUGGUCAAGUGAACGUUCCCCUUAGUAGCUAAGUUAUAAGGUAGUUAUGCGUGUUUUAUCACGGUCAUAAACCCACCCACUUAUAUAGACCUUUAAAAAACGAUUAUUUGGAUUUCUGGAGGACGUCAAGACCGUCUUGUGCGAGCUCAGGAAGGUCCUCCGGUGUACAUGGCACUACAUGCGGCUGCACCAUGAGUGGCGAGCCGGACGCCUUGGCUGUGGUCAACCAGCUCCGAGAUUUAGCCGCUGACCCGUUGAACAGGCGCGCUAUCGUCGAAGAUCAGGGCUGCCUGCCAGGCCUCAUCCUCUUCCUCGAUCACCACAACCCGCAAGUCGUCUACUCGGCACUGCUGGCCGUGCGCUACCUGGCAGAAUGUCGAGCCAACAGGGAGAAGCUGAAGGGCGUUCUGGGAAUGAUGCUGAGUCUGCAGAACGUCAUGCAGAAGAGCACAUCCCCCGGAGAGACCAAACUGUUGGCUUCGGAAAUCUAUGAGAUCCUGCAGAACGCGAGCAACGCUGAGGCCGAACAGGCCGAAGCGGCCGCCUCGUGUCGCCGUAAGGCUCAGUUCUUCCUGGGUUCCACCAACAAGCGGGCCAAGACCGUGGUGCUGCAGAUCGAUGGCUUGGACGACCCGACCCGGAGGAGCCUGUGUGAGGAGGCUUUGCUGAAAAUCCGUGGCGUCAUCAGCUUCACCUUCCAGAUGGCCGUUAAGAGGUGUGUGGUCAGGAUCCGCUCCGACCUGAAGGCCGAGGCUCUGGGAACAGCCAUCGCGUCCACCAAAGUGAUGAAAGCGCAGCAAGUGGUGAAGGGAGAAGACGGUAGUGAGAUGGUAAUCCCGUUGCAGGAGGAUUCGGACGUGGAGGUGGAGCAGAACAUGGACUUGCCGGAGUACCUCCCCGAGGACGAGAGUCCGGCUCAGGAGCAGCACAAGGCCGUGUCUCGCCUAGGCUCCAUACAGGACGGUAUGGGCUGGCUGAACACGGCCGCUAACUUCCUGUCCCGCUCGUUCUACUGGUGACCCCGCGCUGUCACCCCUCCGCACCGAGUGCAGAACACUACCGCAGGCUGCUGCAAACUAACUCCAGUCCACCUAAAGCUCACGUUAGCACCCACGAGACAUCAAGCCAUAGAACAGCAAAGACGGCUUUCACGACGAACGUCUCCUCCGUAGCUGCGCUCUCUCUCUCUCUCUCUCUCUCUCUCUCUCUCACUUACUCGCUCGUUCAGUUUUCCCUUCAGCCAGAAGAUGGUUUUUUUUAAAAAAGACAGUUUGGUCCAGUUUCUCCUCAUGGGUCCAUGUGUGAUACCAAACAGCAUUGGGUAUUUGUGUAUUUCUUUUUAUUUUAUUUUUUUAGGACACUCAGUGCUCUGCCAGGUUGCAUAAUCAUCCUGGCAAUGGAUUUUCAGUUUUGUACGAAGGAACUUUUUCUCCUGCAUGAAGUUUGAGUGCUUGGUUUCCAGUCUUUUUCCUGUGUUUUGCCUUCGUGUCUCACUUCUCGUGUGUUUUACCGCCGUACUCGCUCUUUGCUAAUUUGAAGAAAACCACUCGAAAUUUUCUGCUUUACUCGAUGCCUUUUCCAUCUUCUUUAGCAAGCGCGUGUGUGUGUGACUUUGCAGUGCGUUUUCUUGUUCUCAUCUCAACUUCUGAUGAAACCACAUCCUUAUUCAUAUAUUGGCAUAUACCACCGUAUAGACGGUUAAGGGAACAGGAGAAACACCAGCGAUGGCUGCUGUAGAGUCAUUGACGAGUCAUCGAUGCAUGCAGGAAAUAAGGGAAAAAAUACCCCCCCCGCUAUUGCUACUCGGACUACUAACAGUUUCUCAUGCUACGUGCCAACCGCUGUCGUAAGCGCUCUGAAGAUUAAUGCUAUAGACCUGAUGACUGGAUUCGAGUCGGAAGGCUAGGUUCGUUUGGGAGCUUUCGUUUUCUUGCGUGUACUUUUUCUUUAUCAUCGACUGACUGUAACAUGCGUAUUAGCGGUUUCGAUUACUCCGGUUAUUAAAGCGGUAUAGUCGGAAAUUUCAUCGGGCUUCGUUUGAGCCCGAUGUGAUCGCCAAAAAAAACAAAAAACGCACAAUCAGUGCCUGUUACUCCUGCGUGAUAAUAGAGUAAUGUCUCGAGUAUAUGAACAAAAAGACAAGGGGAAAAAUCACCAACAGUGUUAUUUUAAAUGCAGCAUCAGAUCCACGGAAUAAUCGCUGAAUAUCUCUUGUACUGUUGUGCUUGAGUGAUUUUCUCUUUUUUUUUUUUUCUUUUUUUUAAAAGCAUUUAAAUGAUGUUAGUUUGUCGAGUGAACCGAUUAGUUUUUAGACUGACCCCAGGUAACGUCCGUGACAUCAGGAAGGCCGUUCGAGACCGUAGCACAUGUGUAGAUGUAGAAGCUUCUCCUGUACAGAAUACGUCCGCUGUUACGUGUGUAAAGAAUUUCAGACCAUGGAGUUAUUGCCUGUUCACAGUAACGACAUUAUUAAAUAUAUUAAACACUACAA